AUGCGCGCAAUCAUCGAAGAUAUCAAGGACAGUCCAGAAUUGGUUGCAGACCCAUCUGAACGAUUCAAACGAAGAAAGACUGAAGAUUUCGCUACACCAAAUCAUCCGCUGAGCCUGAAAACUUCAUAUCCCUCCCAGGCAUUGCGCUUCCUCGAAAAAGCGAAUGAACGCAAUGGAUCAACUCCUCCUGUUUCUUUACCAGAGCAAGCCCGCAUCAAAAUGAGCAUUAUCGUCGUCGGAGCAGGACUAGGUGGACUCGCCCUCGCCAUCGCGCUAGCCCGACGAGGUCAUUCAGUGCGGGUGCUGGAACAGGCGUCGAAACUCGGAGAGGUCGGCGCCGGAAUCCAGAUUCCACCAAACUCCGGGCGCCUACUACACGACUGGGGUGUUUUUGAGCAUUUGGAACAGUGGGUCGUGAAACCUGACGCCAUUCAUUUCAGGCGCUGGGAAGAUGGCCGAGAGAUCGGGCGCACGGCGCUUGGUGAAAACUUUCGAGAGAACUUCGAGGUUCCAUAUUAUGUUGUUCAUCGUGCGCAUUUCCAUCAUGCCUUGCAUCAACGAGCGCUGCAGUUGGGCGUUAUGGUCGAACUGAAUGCUAGGGUCGUGAAGUACUCUGAGAAAAGUGCCUCAGUUGAGCUGGCGGAUAACAGCAUUAUCAUGGCAGAUUUGGUGAUUGCCGCGGACGGUAUCAAGUCAAAAGCAAGGGCAGCUAUCUACAAGGACACAAUUCAUGAACCUUCUUUUAAUGGGUUCGCUGCGUAUCGGGCGACUGUCGAUGUUCAAAAGAUAAAAGCAGAUCCAGAGAUUGCCUGGAUUGUCGAAGAGCCAUCGCUCAAUAUCUGGAUUGGCGAAAAUAGACAUGUCAUGACGUACACAAUCGCCGCCGGCGAGGCAUUCAACAUGGUACUGUCCCAUAUCGAUCGAUCCGACCCAGCAACAUGGACAGGUAAAUUUACCAAGGAGGAUAUACAGCAUGAAUUCCGUGGAUGGGACUCUGGAUUGACCAAAAUCAUCUCUCUCAUCGAUGACUGCUUGAAGUGGCCCUUGAAAGUUGGUCAGCAGCUCCGAUCCUGGACCGCACCAUCCAACAAACUGAUAAUCAUGGGCGAUGCCGCCCACGCCAUGCUGCCAUACAUGUCGCAGGGUGCCGCCAUGGCUGUCGAAGAUGGCGCCGCCCUCGCGGUGGCGCUCAAUCAUGUAUCUUCUCUAGAUGACGUACCAUUUGCGCUGCGCGUGUUUGAGCAAGAGCGUAUCAAAAGAAGCGGAGAUAUGCAGAACGCUAGUACCGUGAACGGGACGAUAUGGCACUUUGCGGAUGGGCCAGAACAGAGGGCCAGAGAUGAAUCGAUGGCCGCGGAAGUUGCUGGGUUGCCUUUGCUCAGCAGCGCGAAUCAGUGGAGUGAUCCGGUCACGCAGUGGUGGGCCUAUGGGUAUAAUGCGGAACAGGCGAUGGAAGAUGCUUGGGCGAAAUCUGUGAGCGAUCUGAUCAGGCAGAAUAGAUAG